AUGAUGUCACACGGCCCGCUGGCAGAGUACGUGACCUUCUCAGGGACACUGCUGGAAUAUGACCUUGCGUCAGAGAAGGCCCAGGCGGCCUUCGAGGGCGCCUUCUCAGUGCUGCGAUUUCGUGAACAGUGUGAUGCGGUAGACCUGCCCUUGCUGGUGGGCCUUGACUUUGAAUGGAAGCCGGACAAAGCGGGCUCAGACAAUCCAAUUGCCUUGAUGCAAUUCGCCUGUUGGGACACUGUGCUCCUGCUGCGGACCGUUGGCGCUGCAGAGCUGCCGGGAUGGCUCCGAGCAUUCCUGGAGUCUGGGGAGGAGAUCCUCAAGGUGGUGGCCAGCUUCGACCUCGCAGAUAAGCGGAAGUUGAAGAACAGCUUUGGCUGGGACUUUGAGGAGCAAGCCGUGAAGGCCUCCUACUGGGAUAUCGCUGAGCUGGCCGGUGCCCAGGGACUUCCACAAGGCAUGCUGAAGAUGGCGCAGUAUUUUGAGCUCCCCCUCCAAAAGCUGAAAUCGGUUGGGACCUCCAAUUGGUCCGCAGAAUUGACCCUGGAGCAGCGCCGCUACGCGGCGGAUGACGCCUUCUUCCAGCUGUACCUCUUGGGUCGCCUUCUGCCCUCGGCCAGAUCCGACUCUCGGAGCAUGCAAGCCUCUUGGAGCGCGAUCCGAGAGGAGCUCGAGAGGAACAUCAAGAAGGUGGACAACUCUAAGUACAAGGCCAACUUCAUGGCCCUCCGUGCGGUGCUGCUUGACGCAGUGCAUCAGCUCUCCCGCGCGCUGGGCGCCGGCGGAUGUACCGAUCUUAAUCAGCUGAAGCAGUUCCAGGCGAUACAAGUGGCACUGGCCCAACAGACGGGCCCAGUGGUGCAACUGAAUGCUCAGUUCUUGAGACAGAACAGCGACCUGGUGGUGUGCUUCUACAGAGAUGGCCGCUUGCAUGUACGUGUGCGAUCCGAGGGGAGCGACAGUGAGGACCAAGAGGAGGAGGUUUUAGAGACAGAGGAAUUGAUCUUAAAGGUGCAGGAGCUCCUUGUGGCAUACAAGCCUCCCAUUGGGAAGAAGCCCUCGGCUUUGCGAGAGGUGCUUUGGGUCCCUGCGCGCGCGAUCCUCUCAAAGUCUCAAAUAGCUUCUUUGGAAUCCUGCAGGAGUGAUUGCAUCGAAACCAGCUAUGACUCUGAAGACGGAUUGCUGUUGCGUUUGGCGCGGCAUCCGCGUGCGCCCGAUGACCACAAACACCUCGAGCUGAGCGUGCACAGCCUCAGCGAGCUGUCGCAGAUCGACCCAGCAGAAGCCAAGUCCAGGCUGACAGCUGAUGAGAAGUUUAUGCAGUCUUGGAGCCGACUCCGUGUCGUAGAGGCAAAUUCUGAUGAGGAGCGCGCAAUUACUCGUAGCCUCCGCGCACGGAUCCGCAUCCUGACUGACGCCCAGCUGCUUGCAAAUCGCCUGUCUGGCGUGGGCGUGCAGUGGCGUGUGGCUCGUGAUUGCUUAGAGCAGGUCACUUGGUACCGCCAAUUGCUCGGAGAGCACUUGGCCAGGGGAGCUGAAAAGGCUGACGAGUUGGAGGAGUGCUUCUCUGAAAUCGUCCGAACCUGGCCGAAUGUGGAGGUGUCGAAGAAGCGGAAGCGGCGCAACGAACCGCUGUGCUCCACUGGAACGAAGCGAAGGACCAGAGAACCUGAGCCCAAAAGCCUCUAA